AUGUUUAAUACCCUUCCGCCUAUUUCACAUCUUACGGACUCGCUCAAUGUGCCGCCCCCAGCCAGAUCAGGGCCUCCCCCUCCAGUGUCAAUGUCUUACUAUAGAGCGGCUCCACAUCUGCCUUUACCACUGAUGGGCCUGCUAGCCCCAAUGGCUGGUGUAGGUGCUGCUGCUGUGCCAGUGACCUACGCUGCUCCUCAAUUGCCUGAGCCAUACCACCAUUACGAGCCGUACCCUCCUCCAAUGCCUACAUACCUUUCCCACGGGCCUCUGCUUGUUCAGUACUCCUUGAAUGGACCUCCUAGAUCGGCCCCUAGAGCCGCAAGCUUGAAUACCCUGGACUAUAGGUUUGUUGAUGACGAUAGUAACAGACCCCGCAAGAAACAGAAGAAAGAGCCUCUGACCCUGGUGCUUCGCUUCCAGGACCGUUCGGAUACUUCCCGCUUCAAGGACUCUUAUAAGCAACACGGCAAACGUCUAUUCCCGGAUUCCCACGAGAAGUUCCCUGUUGCUCCUCUUCCUGAGGCUUUGCAAGUAUCCCCUCCCGAGUUGACCUCUGAGUUGUCUGACCAAAUCUACCCUUCCAUUGUCACCAAGAAAUAUAGUGCUUCUGCCUUGGGCUCCAAUCGUUCCCAUUUGCUUGUGUAUGAAUACCCCUUGGCAACUCAAUGGGUUAUCUGGGACUACGAAACAGGCUACACCCACCUCACAGGCUUAUGGAGAGCUGCUCUCCAUGAACAUGCUCUUCAUCGGAACAAGAACGGUGUCGUCCACGUUAAACCUAAUGCCAAAGCUGAUAUAGUCAAGCUUCUUGAGUCUACGCCUCAGGCCUUGCACCCAUACAUUAAGCGAGUCCGUGGUGGGUUCUUGAAGAUCCAAGGCACCUGGGUGCCCCACAGCUUGUGUAAGCGCCUUGCCAGAAGCUUCUGCUACUACAUCAGGUACCAAUUAGUUCCAAUCUUUGGCCCAGACUUCCCUGAUCUCUGCCUCCGGCCAGAAGACCCAGGCUUUGGCGAGCUUCGUUUCGACGUUUGCGGCGACGCCCUGGACUUUUCCAUCGAUAUCGACACUAGCUCUGCUGGCUCAGAGCUGUGUCCCAUUUCCCCUACUCUGGAGUCGGGCCCCCAAUUCUCCACAGACAGCACAUCAUACUACACCGGGGCCAGCCAGGCCAAAGUGCCUGAAAGACUGGGCAGCCUAUCGCUGACCUUCUCCCGGCUGCUGAACGAGAACCAACCUUCAUUUCUGUCUGCCUCGCUGACGCUGACUUCUGUCAGUUCUGUGGAACAGCUGGCUAGCCAGCUGCCUGACCGGCCUGCGGCAAAGAGAGACGAUGAACUGAGGAUGUCUUAUGCCGAUAUGGUUGACAUUGUCAAUGCGUCCAAGUGCCUACAAAGACUACGCCAGGGGCUGUGUAGUGAGGAGCAUGAAUAG